AUGGGUUAUGAGGUUUACAACACGAUAAAGAUGAAAGAAAAACAUACAUUCGGUCAGAAGAAAAAAGGGGGUUAUACUUUAUUUAGAUUAAAAGAAAGGGGUCGCGGUUACAAAAAGAACGGUCGAUCAUGGCCGAAUGAAACAUAUCAACAUACAUGUGCGAAAAAUAGAGUACAUUCUAAAUCUAUUAACGGCCGCUUCUUGAUCCCUUCGUUAGAGCAGGCAGAUGAUUCUUCCCUAGGCGGUGCCUCCACCACCCACAUCUUCACUGACCGCUGCCAUGGGCAAGGCCGUCACUCUGGCCAUGGGUGCAGUCGGGUUGAAGCCAAGGCCGUCACUCAGGCCAUUGCCGAGGCCGUCACUCUGGACAUGGGUGAAACCAGGUUGAAAUCAAGGCCGUCACUCACAACAUGGCCUAGGCUGUCACUCCGGCCAUGGCCAGGGCCGUCAUUCUGGGCACAAAUGUGGCUGGGUGAAACCAGGGCCGUCACUCCGGCCAUGGGUGCAACCAAGGUGCUAAGCCAAACGAACGUGGCCAAGUUGGAAUCAUCAUACCAGGCCCUCCCAUCUUCAUCAAUCGCAUUACAGUUUCUCCAUGGCCUCAUAAGGAGGAAGGUCAUCCUCCCCCACGGCCGGGAAGGAAUCUCGGCCACACCAUGGCCUUGGUCCACGUCGACUUUCCAAGACGAAGGAUAG